AUGUCAGCGUCGGUAGGAGGGAAUGGACUGCUGCAGAAAUGGUUGGAGGAACAUGUCAGAGAUGUGGCACAGACGGGGAGUGUGGAUGCCGCAAGGGAGGCUAAGGAAAUUACAGACAAAGUGCGCACCAGUUUGAAAGCGGAAUUUCACAAUUUAACGUCCAUACUGGGAAGGCAGGAGUCGGUGGAAAUAUUGCAACUCUGUACUCAAGGGAGGGAGUGGUCCGGGAGUAGUGUGGGUGCGGGAAGGGAUUAUAUGGGGGACCUCUGUAAGGCGAUAGUCGAAUUGAGAUACUUCACGGCGGGCGUACAAACGGAACGGAAGAAGGGGCGAGGGCUGCAGGAUGAAAAUGCCGUUAUUACGCCCCUUACGGAUAAUGAUAAAGCUUAUGCGCGUUGCGUCGUCGGUGCCCUUGCUCUGGGCGAUAUUUAUGGAGAUCACUGCUACUUGGAAGAUGUUGUAAAGGAAGUUUCGUCCGCAGUGGAGGAAAAGUUAAAGUCACAUAGCAGGGCUACCGGGAACUUGGGUAGGUGUAAAGACAUUGCGCCCGCGGACUUAAUUGUCGGCAGAACAGUUCUUGGCACUGCAAUUGGAGAUUGGACAAGGGGGCAGAGGGCAGGGUCGGGCACUUCGCCCUGGAGGGUAAGGAUGCUCUGGAGUAAGAGGAAUAAUGUCUGUAAGGACGGAGGGCAUAAGGAGGAAGAGAAGAAGAAGCAUUAUUUAGAAAAGAAUAAAGGAACGGUUGUAUCCUUCUCGGGAUUGAAGGAAAAUGACAGCAAGGACAGAAUUGGUGGUUUGGAUAUUGCAGACAUACUGACGAAGCCGGACUUAAUUCUGAGGGAGGACACCAUAGAGAAAGCACUUACAACAGCACUCUCGAGUGGAAAUACUUUUGACGCAGAAGCUCUAACCAAGACUUUGAACGAGGAAACUAAUAAAACACUAGGUUUAGAAUGUCUAGAUAAGCAAAACCUAUGUGAGCGUGCAGAAUGUGUAGCUGGUAGAUGGGUAGAAAACGGUAAAGUACAGGGUGGCGGAAGCGGGGCAACACGUACUUGGGAUGAUUUAUGGAAGGAGAAUGAUGGUUUAGGGAAGGAAUUGAAGGAACUCUCUGGAAACAUGAUAAAUAAGAAUGGGGAGGAUGAAAAGCACUGUAAGGACCUUUCGAGUGAAGAAGAGAAGACAGUAUGCAAGUUCAUUGCUUCAGGUUUAAAGAGUAUUUAUGAAAUUAAGGCAAAACCUAAUGGAGGAAAGAGUACGAAGAAAGAUUUAGAGGAUCAAUUAUUUAAACGUACCAUGCAAUGUGUUUUAUUAAAUGCUUUUGCUGAUAAAUUAGAACAACUUCCAUGUAAGGACGAAAAGAAAGUAAAGGAGGCUGUAAAUGCAGCAUUUGAGAAGAACGAUCAAAUUAUGAAGGAAACUGCUCCCUGCAACAGUGAUGGAGAUAAGUGUUUUACGUGUAGUAGGUUUAACGACUAUAAAGAUUGCACAAUUAAAGAAAAUGGCAGCAGCGCAGGCGCAGAAGAGGAGUUAAAGAAAAAAAUUGACCCUAUGUUCAACAGCGGUGGUCAGGAAGAAAUGAAGAAAAUUCAGGAGGAAGCUCUGAGGAAAAUAUGUAAACCUUGUGAGGAGGAGACUGGUAACAAAUGUGGACGCUUAGAGUGUAUUGUGAAGAAAUGGGAAGGAAGGAAUAAGGUAUCAACCGGAACGGCUACCUGGGAGCACAUGAAGACUGACUUCGGGAAUGACUUAACGAAGCUGUUGAAGCAUAUGGAGGAGAAGGCGCAGGAAACGGAUUUAACGAAACACUGCAACAACAGCGACUGGAAAGAUGGCGACGCCCAUGGCUUCGCUAACAAGACCGCCUGCAAACUCGUCACUGCAGGAUUACAUCAUAUAUCCAAUAUUCGACAUGAAUAUAAUCCGGAUCCCAAUAACGGGGAUAAGAACCCUUAUGAUAACCAAGAGUUUAAACAAAUCGUUUCUUGUUUAAUGUUAAAGGCCGUCGUACAAAAAAUGAAAGAGGACAGCAAAAUUUGCGACAUAGACCAAGGGAUUAGGGUCGGCUUUUUACAGGCUUCCAAAAUUAAAGGAACUUAUUGCCAGAAUGGUAAACCUUGCAUUGUUUGCACGUGGGAUGGCAGAACUAAGGACGAACUUGACACUUGCCAAAUUGGCAGCAAUGCCACUGACAAAGUAAAACCUAAUUUAGAUUCAUUGCUCCAAGAGAAUCAGGCCACUGUCAAUGACACCCUCCAGGACGUACUUAAAACGGACCAGAAAGAUGCAUCCUUAUGUCAACGUUUACAAUGUUUAGCAUCUCGAGUUCAGCUGACCCAGGGCAAGCACAAUGCGGACGACUUCUGGAACAGGAACACUGGCGAAGUCGCCACACUAUGGAAAGAAUUGGCAAAAGCAAUGGAGGACAGUAAUGGAAACGGAGGCACGGAAUGUGAUCAAAUGGAUGAUAAUAAUAGAACACCCACCAACCCUGAAAAGACGGCAUGCAAUUAUUUGCAUGCCGGUCUAAAGGCAUUGUACAAUGGUUCUACGACGGCGGCGACGACGUCGGCACCGGCGUCGUCGUCAACAGGAACCAACAUCUUGUCUCAACACCCAUCGUUUAGACAAACGAUGGGUUGUUUAUUACUUCACGCCUAUGCAAAAAAAAUGAAAGAAGACUCAAAAUGUGUCAUUGAUUCUGGUAUAAAGAAGGCAUUUAAGGCAUGGAAUGCAAGUAUUACUAAUGGUAAUUGCAAUGGCAAGGGACCUUGUGUCCCUUGCCAAUGGAAUGAAGACAUCCUUGAAAGUUGCAAAAUUAACACAACUGGCACAGGUGGCACCACAACCCCAACGCCAGUGAAGGAGAAGUUAACACAAGUUCAGCCCCAAAUUGGUAAUGACGCAACUACCACCCUAAAGAAAAUAAAUGAUAUGUCCACUUUAUGCGAUUACAUUAGAUGUGCCGGACCCAAAUGGUUCAAAAACCAAAUGAAAGGGACUGGUAAUCCUACAAUGAAUUGGUGUAACUUUUGGGAGGAGGAAGGCGUCAAACCAACAUUGCUAACAAUGUUCCAGGAAAUCGAGACGAAGGGAAAGGAUAAUGCAACCAACACUAAUGAUGUUGUAUGCAAUGAUUUUGGUGAUGGUAAUGAACAUAGUGUUGAAAGAAAAGCUUGUAAUCAUAUCGCGGCGGGACUAAAACAAAUUUCUGAGGUUAAAGGGGAGGCUAAUGGUAGUUCCCAUCGGAAUGCCCAGGUUGAUGACAAAUUUUUUAAACAAACUAUGAUGUGCGCAGCACUUAACCUUUAUGCAACUGAAAUAGUUAACGAGUCGAAUGAUAAAUGUCCCAUUGAUGAGACAAAAAUAAAUGAAAUGUUCGAUAAAUGGAAUGAAACAUAUAAUAAUAAAUCUUUGUGUAAUGGUGUUGGUAGUGGUAGUAAUAAUGUUUGUUUUAAGUGUCAAAGGGAAGAAAAAAUUUUGGACGAUUGCCAGCUGAGCGUCGCAGACGCUCUGGUGGCAACACAAUCACAAAGUGGAACUUGCGAUAAAAGCAAUGCUGACGCAAUUAAAGUCAAAGAACAAAUGACCAAACUCCUCAACGAAGACAACGACCAAUCCCAAUCCAACACCAACACCAUUAAAUCCAACAUAACAACCACCUUAUCUUUUAUCACUGAAAUGACCUCCUCUUUCUGUACUCAACUCCAAUGCGCAGCAAAAAAAUACUACGUAAAAAAUAACACUGGUGCAAAAAGCAGCGAUGUGUCUUGGGAUGCCUUGAUGGAUAAGAUCGGAAAGGAAUUAACGGCACUUUUAAAUAAUAUGAACAACGCUAAAAAGCAGUCGGACGCUGCCAAAUAUUGCAAAGACGACAACCCCCCGUGGAGUGAUAAGGGCCAUACAGAAAGGCGAACAAAUAGAGCAGCUUGUUUACAUUUUGCUUCAGGAUUGCAGCACAUUUAUACCCACGGUAAUGGCCGUGUUAACGGCCCAUCGUUUGGACAAACGAUGGGUUGUUUAUUUCUUAAAGAAUAUGCAAAGCAAUUAAUAGAUUUGGCAGAUAAAGAAAAAAAGUAUAAGGUACAUCCUGAUUGUAGUGUAGAUUCGGGCAUAGAAUAUGCUUUUAGCAAAAGUAAUGCCAUUAUGGAAGGAACACCUCCAUGUGACAAAAGUAGUAAUUCUUGUUUUGAAUGCAAAAUUGACAAAGAUUAUAAUGAUUGCAAAAUUGGCAAUGACAAAGUAGGAAGUGAAGUUAAUAAAUUGUUCGAAGACCCAUCGAACAAAAACCAUAUGCAACAAACAUUAGAGAAUACAGUCUGUCCCAUCCUUCUUACGGAUAUCCUCACCCCUUUUCUUCCUUUGGCUCCUGUCUCUAUUGGCCUUUCUGCUAUGGCUUAUUAUCUUUGGAAGUAUUUUGGUCCUCUUGGUAAAGGAGGACCACGUUUCAGAAGAUCUCCUGCUGAAAUUCCUGGUUCAUCGGUACAGGAACAAGUCCUCGAUCAUGUGGAAGAAGCCGGUUCACAUGAAUAUCGAUUGGUGAAGGAACGAAAACCUCGUUCUGUUCCAACGAGAACAAAACGUUCCGAUCGGGCGAAUCGCCGCACAAUUAUUGAAAUUCAUUUUGAAGUGUUGGACGAAUGUCAAAAAGGGGACACACAAUUGAACCAGAAGGAUUUUCUGGAACUUUUGGUUCAAGAGUUCAUGGGAUCCGAAUUUAUGGAAGAAGAACAGGUUCCUAAGGAAAAUGUUCUUAUGGAAGGUGUUCCUAUGGAAAGUGUUCCUAUUAAAGAGGUUCCAAGUUUAGGUUCCGGGCUUAUGGUUUAG